UUUACUGGCGCCAUUUGGGACUUUUUCUUACACACGGGACAAGCUUACAUAUACAAAGCAAAUAAACACGUGAAGUGACAUUGAAAGAGAGUGUGAAUUUUUUUAGUCUCUGUUCCCAGUUAAAGUCCGGCGAAUCGUCGAAACACAACACGCGUUGAAAGGACUUUAAGUCACGUGAUGUAGAACAUCUCACCGAUCAUGAUGGGGAAAUGUGGAGGAGUUUUUCUAAAGAUAAAUGGGCUUGCUUAUUUUCCCCUUUCUUUGGAAAACCUUUAAACCGUACCACGUCACGAGAAUCUUCUGAUCUACUGUAUUCAUCUCUUGCUGGUGAACGGAAGAGGCAACAGCAAAAACACCUCUUCAUUUUGGAAUAUUUCGUAUUUAUUUCAUCAUUCCAAUUCUUGAAUUUUACUUUCUUAAGUUAAGAGAAGGUGUCAGAUCUAAAAAAAUAAUUAUGAAUUUUCAAAUAUCCUUGCUGUUUGCUGUCGUCUGCUACAUCUUGGUUGCCAUGGUGACGGCGAGGGGUCGCAUGGUGGACCCGCCCAAUAGGUCAAGUCUCUGGAGAUAUGGGUACAAACUACCGGUGAACAGAAACGAUUCCGAUAUAACCUGCGCUGCCAAUUUGAUCCCUUACCUCCCAGAUAUGGACGAAUGGUGCGGAGCGUGCGGUGACCCACUUUUCACACCACGUGACCACGAGCUGCACGGGAAAUACGUGCCACGCUAUUUCGUCACGAGGACCUUCAAAACACGCACCAUGUGCGUCAGCGUACAAGUUGACACUUUUCUGGGCGGGUACUUUGAAUUCAGUGUGUGUCCUCAUAAUUUCCUCAACGAGGCGGUGACUCAAGAGUGUUUCUCGGAGUAUCAGCUGAACAUCGUUGGGCACGGAAGAAGAUAUUAUCCCCGUCAAACAGGUCUACAUCAGCUGAAGCUGGUCAUACCCCAGGACCUCACAUGUCGCCAUUGCGUCCUGCAGUGGCGCUGGGUCACAGACCAGUAUCUUCUUGCUGACUGCAACACCUACCUCAUUCCGCCCAGAAUAUGCUACGCUCCAAACGAAAUCCGCAACUGCGCAGACAUAGCCAUUGCACAACGAAGCGCAAAGAGAGUGCCCCGAAGGAGGCGAGUGCGACCACGACCGCUGCCGGAGAUGGACGAUGAUUUGUUGCCUCUGUUCUUCCUAUCCCAAGGCUCGCCAGACCUAGCCGCUCUUCUCAUGAUGGACGCGUAGAUUCACGCUCUACAUAUCUAAUAAUAAUUAAGUUAUACGCUGCUGGGACAGUCACUAUUUCAAUAUGAAUUUUGAAUUAACAUCCAAAAUACGAGAUAUGUAUUUACUCGUCCCUGGUGUGAUCUGAAUGCAUAACAACUCUGGAAACAUGUUAAUUUUAAAUCAAGUUGCAUCAUGUUUGCUUGCUUGUCUCCUGUUAUUUUAGAUAUUUCUUUUCCCGAACGCUGGUGU